AAUAUAGAGAAAGAAAGAGAGGUAGUGAGGGAGAGAGUGAGUAAGAAUGAUUGGAAGGGCGGGAGGAAAAAAAAAGUGAGAAUGCUGUGAAGCGGAUAAUAUUGUAUCGAUGUGAAAUUUACUUAGGUGAUUAUCAAGUUCGUAAGAAUCGUCAUUGCGCCAUUAAAUCAGCUCUAAACUCGAACGCGUAAAGAAUCGAUACACGAUUCCAGCCGCCUUUUACUUAUUUCACGAUGGCGAAAGCGUGGCGUCAAUUUACUCCUAGUAGGAGAGAGAUUUAGUAAAAACAAUGAUGCUGAAUCGGUAGCGUUAGAUACAUCGUAGUUAGGAGAAAGAAUUAAAUAAAAAACCAUUAGCCUAAUUAAUAUCUAAAUACUUUCAACAUGGAUGAUGAAGAAGGUUCAUCAAGUUCCGGACCUAUGUCUUCAUUAAAUAGUUUGUUUUCUUUCACUAGUCCAGCUGUAAAAAAAUUGCUUGGCUGGAAACAAGGAGAUGAAGAAGAAAAAUGGGCUGAGAAGGCAGUCGAUUCUUUGGUAAAAAAAUUGAAAAAAAGGAAAGGUGCUAUAGAGGAAUUGGAAAGGGCCUUAAGUUGCCCUGGCACACCUAGUAAAUGUGUAACGAUACCAAGAAGCUUAGAUGGUAGAUUACAAGUAUCCCAUCGCAAAGGAUUACCGCAUGUAAUUUAUUGUCGGGUAUGGAGAUGGCCAGAUUUACAAUCUCAUCAUGAAUUGAAACCGCUUGAAGUGUGUCAAUAUCCAUUUUCUGCUAAGCAAAAAGAAGUUUGCAUUAAUCCUUAUCAUUACAAAAGAGUGGAAAGUCCUGUACUUCCACCAGUACUUGUUCCAAGACAUUCAGAAUAUGCUCCUGGACAUUCUCUUCUACCAUUUCAACAAUUAGCAGAGCCAACCAUGCCGCACAAUGUAUCUUAUUCAUCCAGUGGCUUUAACGCAAGUUCUACCGGUGGUGUAAAUCCAACAUCUCCUAUGUCUUCUGUCAGUUCUGUACCUAGUCCAGGAAGUACUACUUCGCCGAAUCCACAAAGUCCUUAUGGUACAAAUGGAUUACCAGAGACACCACCUCCGGCAUAUUCUCCUCCGGAAGAUGGUUCUCAACCAGGUCAAUCUCCUCAACCAGAUUCAGUCCCAAUGGACACAAGUGGUCCUGCCGAAGUAGCACCAGUGUGUUAUCAAGAACCACCAUAUUGGGCAUCUAUCGCAUAUUAUGAAUUAAACUGUAGAGUAGGAGAAGUUUUUCAUUGUCAGUCUCAUUCUGUUAUAGUAGAUGGUUUUACGAAUCCAAGUAAUAACUCUGAUCGCUUUUGUUUGGGUCAGUUGUCCAAUGUAAAUCGAAAUUCUACUAUAGAAAAUACUAGAAGACACAUUGGAAAAGGAGUGCAUCUCUACUAUGUUGGUGGAGAAGUUUAUGCAGAAUGUCUUUCAGAUUCAGCUAUAUUUGUUCAAUCUAGAAAUUGUAAUCAUCAUCAUGGUUUUCAUCCUAGUACAGUUUGUAAAAUUCCUCCUGGAUGCUCGCUUAAAAUAUUUAAUAAUCAAGAAUUUGCUCAAUUGUUGUCACAAAGUGUUAAUCAUGGCUUUGAAGCUGUUUAUGAGUUAACAAAAAUGUGUACAAUAAGAAUGUCUUUUGUAAAAGGAUGGGGUGCUGAGUAUCACCGACAAGAUGUUACAUCUACACCUUGUUGGAUAGAAGCACAUUUACAUGGACCUUUGCAAUGGUUGGAUAAGGUGCUAACACAAAUGGGUUCACCACAUAAUGCUAUAAGUUCUGUGUCAUAAAUCAUAUACAGAUUGAUAAUAUAAGCAGGAAGAACCACUAGUGGUAAUAGAUAAGUGAGUUUUAGUGCGGAAACAUAUAUUAUGUGGAUUGUACAAUAGAUAGUAUUUUCAGGAAAGUGGAUGGUUUAGGUGUAAGUAUCAAAGAUGAUCAUUUAUUGUGACAUGUUUUAUUUUAGCAUAUUUGACCCUUUACACUCGAGAAGUGUCUCCAGGGAUACUUGAUUUGAUCCAUUAAUUUGAGUAGUGACUAAGCAGUGACGGUAUUCGUUUAUACUAAAAUGUAUGAAUUAUGAUAGUGAUACUACGGGCGAAUGUACAAUGUCUGUAGUAUGUAAAAAAUUAGGUUUUUUUUUUAUCAACAAAAUUGUGUCGAUAAAAUUUGUUUAAAUAGAAAGUUUUUUGUUCGUUUAACAUAAGAAAGGUUUCAAGAUUUGCUCUCAAUGAAAUAAACCUUGUGGAAAACAAAAUAAAAUUUUAUUACGAUCUGUUCUGACAAAUUGAGUCUUGAUCAUUAUGUUAGAAAAUACUGCACAAACAAGGAACAUAGAGAAUAAUAUUUAAUAAAUUGUUUUUUUUUUUUAAGAUGUAAAGAUUAGUAUCAACUUAUUCUAAAUAAGCUGUAUAAGAUUUGUCAAAUAUUUGUAAAGCCGUUUCGAGUUGUUAAUUCACUUUAAUAAAAAGAACUAUCGAGUGUAAAGGUUUAAAAAUGUUUAAGGAAUAUUUUUAAUGAAAUGAAUAAUUAAAAGAAAUUAGAUAGAUAAAGAGUAAUUGUUGGAAUAUAAAAAUUUCUCAGAUAAUGUGGUAUAUGUUCAGAGUUAUACCACAUUUGGGCUGUUAUACAUGGAAAUAAUUAUACUAGAAAUAGGAUAUCUUAUAUACACAUAUGAGGAAUAUUUUUCAAAUCUAUUCAACAGUCAUAAUAUUUUAUUUUAUAUGGGAAAUUGUUCUGAAGAUAUUGGCUAGUAGCAUACUGCAAGUGCUUUUCUAGACGAUCUUAAGGGACAAUACAAGAAUGAUAUAAGAAAUUGAAGUUUAAGCACAAGUUAUCUAUCGAGUGAUAGAAGAAAGUAAUUUCCUAAAUCAAUAAAAAUACCUUAUUUUUAGAGCUAAAUAUGUUAAAACCUGAUUUCAAAUCAUUUUAAUUAAUGUAUAGCUGUUAAAUUUUCCGAGUUUUUAUUCCAACAUCUUUAUUUCAAUCGUUCACUACAAUAUACUUUUUUACACUUUUUAACGUAAAAUACAUUAGAUAUUAUUCUAUUUGAAAUUCCAUUCACAUCAAAAUAAGUUACAAUUUUUCCGACCUUUUCUUUUUCUUAAUCUAUAUUAUGAUCACAAGAUUCAUGUCAUCCGAUGAGAUCUCGAUAAUGCCUAGGAUUCAUCUAUACUUUCAUCAAUCUUCUACUCCUCGGCAGCAGCAUUUUCAAAAGCCUCGUCGAAAGCUUCGUCAAAUAACUGAUUUCUUUUCCUGUGUUUCCUCUGUUUCUUUCUGGUUUCCUUCAACAAAUAUACCAGAGAGUCCAAAUCCAAUUAUUUGAUCCAAGGACGGCUUACACUUCUCAUAUAACAAUCGCCCUAAAAUCUUCGUGUCCGGUGAAUCUACACACAUCUUUACCCAUUCGGCAUCCCACACCCUAACUCUCUGAACUUGCUCUACCAUUGUUGCAAAUACAGUCGCUAGAAACGAGUUUUCUUCUGAAAAAGCCCUCUCAAAUAUCUAUGAUAGAUAAUCCUUGCCCAGUUGUAAUUAUAUUUCAUGAUAUCUACCGUCAGUUGGUCCUGGAAGAAUCCUGCGAUUGAUAUACAUGAGUAAACAUUUUCCAAUGCAUGAAGGAUACCUAAACCAUUCUUUGCGGUGUGGGUAAGAACUGCAGCUGAUAAGAAGCUUCGAGCAAAACAAUUAUGAUAAUCUUUACCUAUUGACAAUACAAACUCAUGAGCUAAGAUGGUAAAGAUCUGACUCGUAGUCUUUAAGCUCUUUUUAAGUUCUACUUUACAACGGACGAGACACAUGGGGGAGAGAAGGGAUUGCUUGAGGGCUAUUGGGCAAGAGAAGCAAGAUUUCUUCUAUAUUGGUUUUUUAUAAAGGCAUUCACCAUCUGUUUUUUGUUCUUCGUGGCGCUUCUACACAGAGUUAGUGCCAAAAAAGAUCCAAGUCUGAUUAAUUCUGUUUCCUCUGUGAAGGCUGCCCCAGUGGAAUCUAUCCUUAAAAGGACUUGGUUCAUCUAUCGUUUGAGUUGCUCUGAGCCUCCUAUCUCAUUUGAGGGAGACCUCUUAGACAUUUGUGAAGAACACUAACCGUUAAUUGACUGAUUUGGUCACCGCAUGAUUUAUUAGGAGUAUAGAAUUCCAUGGCGGUUCGAGUCCUAUUGGGCCAAAUUUCGCCUUCAUCGGUCUGGGUCAAUGCAAUCAUAUCACAAACUACAACAACUAGAUUGUCUCCUACCUCGAUCUCCCCAAACAGGUAUAGAUUGAAAAAUCUCCUUAGAAUAUUGACUAAAUUGGUACGAUUCGUGGUGGAGGGUGGUGGAGGGGUCAAAAUGAAGGGGAAAUCUGAGUUGGGUCAAUCGUGCAUCACUUUAUCCUUCUGAAAGAUGAUAUAUACAUAUAUAAAUACCCCUAUAACUAUAUAUAUGUAUAAAUAUAGGAGUAGAGAUUAAAAUCAGAAAUUCAUAUUUGGCUCUAAAAUUGGUGCCUAUCGUACGAAAGUUAUACAUUAAAUAUAUAAUACUCUAAUGUCCAGUCCUUUGAAGUAUAAUUAUGCGUGCUUUAAAAUUACAACUUAUACCUAAACAAGGAUUAGAUUAUCCAAACUUAUCAUUAUAAUCAUAAUCAUGAAAUAAGAAUUAUUAAUUUUUGUCAUUACUGAUAAUAAUAUAAUUGAUACUUCGGUAUAAAAUGCUGGAUGCUGAUCUCACGUUGACAUUUGAAAGUUAACUGCAUCCAAUAAUCUCUUGAUAUUUUAAAUUAAGUAAUCCAGCUUUAAAGGAUUACUUUUUGUGCAAGCUUCCUUAACAUUUUAUGUAUGCCAUGCUAUGUUGAUCAUGUAUUGACCAUAACUCGAUAAUGAAUUAAAUAAUAUUUUUAAAAGUAAGAUUUCCCUUUACAAAGUAAUGAAGAAUGUAAUAAACAUAUAGAACUUUUUGUAUACUUCAUUAAUCCUUAAAUGUUUAUUUAGUAAUUUUUUUAAUAUAAAUUUAACCUUCUAGUUACAACGAGACUGCGUCGCUAGUACGGCGAUAUUUUCUAUCGUGUAUAUAUAAACAUAAAUAAAUUCUUAGAAAAGAAUGUUUAUCGAGAGAAACUUUUAU